AUGGCUGGCACCUUCCAUUUUCUUUUCUCCACGAAGCAUCCUGGAGCAGCCCGGCCCAAGCCUCACCGAAGCAGCCCACCUGAUCCAGUUUCCAAUCACAGAAUCCUUGCUGUCUUCUUCUUCAUUGUACGGCAGCACAUCCAGAAGACUGCAUCUCCACUCCUUUCCAUCAGCCGCCACUCCUCUGCUUCCGUUCUUCAUAUCCUCGUGUCCGUGUGUGUCCGAUGCCGUAAGACCCGUGCGCGCCAUGAUCUGGUCGACGUCGUCGCGCUGGCGCUGCUCCGGCCAUCCGCGCGUUCUCCGUCCGUCAAGCUCCGCUUCCUCCCGCCCGACGCCCACGUUCUCCGUCGUCUGCACGCCUCCGCCGCGGACGUCCUCGACACCACCUGGUUCUCCCCGUACCUCGUCAUCGGCACAACCCGACGUCUACCAGAACGCCCGUGUUCAUCAUCCGCUCGGUCUUCGCCGCCAAGUACAACAUCGAACCGCGUCGCAUCGACCACUACCGGCGUGAGCUUCUCCGUCCUUGCACCCUGCUUCUACCUCGCGUGCACGAGUCUCCUUCAAGCCGCCUUCAUCCUACUGCUACAGCAAGGUCUGCACCUGCUUGAGCUCGUCCACGCCUCCUCCGUCGUCUACCCCGGCCUCCCCUUCGUCCUCGUCACCGGCAGCCCCUCCUUCUCGUCACCGACCACCCCAGGCAUUUGCUUCUUCCCGGAUAGGAUCGCGAAGUGGUGUGUGAGAUACGACAAGUCCUCCGGAUGUUCUUCGACAAUCCUUAACAGGUAUGAAGUUAUGUUCGAUGAAGACGACGUUAGCAAGGUUACCUUUCCGGCUUGGCCUGGGCGGGGUUAUGGACGCCACUGGUUAUCUUCAGGACUCUUAGUCCAAUUUGUAUCUUGUCUGUACUCGGACGCAUUUGAUCUUCUGUAUGAUUCGAAUCUUUGUAUUGUAUAUUUGUAUCUUGACUCGUUGGAGUCGUUGUUGUAAUAUAUGUUUCUUGUGGGCUCUAUUGUAAUCCUGUUGUAAUGUUA